AUGCUUAUCAGCGCUGGCAAUGGACGUGUGCCUCCCGUGCCUGUUGUUCACCGACGUCCUCCCAGAGGCCAACUUCACGUUGCUAGUGGAGGGCUGGCAGUUGCUGCUGUGGCCGUUUGCAUACGCUUCAGUCAGCGCUCUACUGGGGAUGAUGUGCUGCCUGGCAAUUGGCAUCCCUUCCCAGCACUUGGGGGCCGCAGCAGCGUCUUGGCUGAAGCAGCCUGCGCGGCCUUUCCAAACGUGAAUGGCUUCCCCGUCUCGGUGAUCAGUGCGCUCGGCGCUGCAAUUCCAAAGUCUCCUGCCGGCUUCUCUCCGAUGGUCUUCCUGUCCAUUAUUCAGCUGACGGAUGGUCUGCUGAAGUAUACUCUGGGCCCUGCAGUCUUUCGCCGGGACCGGAGGAUGCGGACUGCAGACCUGCCCCUUGGCGGGUCUCUUCAUAGCAUCGAGGACGGUCGCUGCGUCAGCAGGGAGUGUUUGGAUGCGUUGUCAGACAGGAACGGUUCCAAUGGUACGGUCGUCACGCAGCAAACGACAGACUUCGGCCUCACCAUGGAUCAGGUGCAUUCUGUCGAGCCGGACUGGAGCCGCUUUGAUGCCUACAAAGUGUUCUGGUUUGCGGACACGUCAGACACUUCCAGCUCCAACUUGCGGGAGCCCUUCCUGAAACGAAUGCAGGUGACGCACCUUCUACCUAGCGCGUCUGAUGUCAAGGAUUUACUGCGGCAAGUGGUGCCUCCUCAGGUAAGUGCUGUUCUACUUGCACUCGCGAUUGGUAUGGGCCCACCUGAAAUCAAAGAACUGUUGGUGCCCGCUCCUGGCGAGGCGGCCUACUUAUCAUUUGUUUUCGGUACUGCCAAAGAGCUUGGCAAAGGGUUCGUGCCUCUGCAGAUGAUCUCUCUGGGUGGACGCAUGCUCAACGUGGUAAGCGAUCAUGGUCCGCUUGCUUCAUGCGGCACGUCCGGUCCAAAUACCCGAUCCAAACUGCUGAGGAUCUCGGGAGCAGUUGCUGUUGCCAGAAUGAUCCUUGCGCCUAUGGUAUUGUACUACAUCGCAUACGCCUUCGAUGAGUGCGUGCUGAAGCCUCAUGGCCAACGUCGCCCGAUGGCGUUUUGGGCUCCGGCCUUCAUUGUUUCAGCAAUGCCGACGGCCAACAACAUGAGCACUAUGGCUGACUUGAUCGGCAGCGGGCGCAGCAUCGCCGCAGCCACUACAGCAAUGCAGCUGAUGGCUGCGCCAGUAAUCCUCGUCGCGUCGCUUAGCACGCUUUUGUCACUGGAAGAAGACCUGAGCAGCUGA